CUGUUAGAAAAUAUAUUUAACAGUUCAAGAAAAUAUGUAGAAUUUGGAGGUUAGAUACAUUAAACCGCUAUUACAUGUGUCGAUCGUCAUACUUGCUGAAUAACCAGAUUGGCUGUCUAAAAGAAAACUAAAUCUAAGAGGAGAGAAACUCAUAAAUUCCCCAUACAACAGCCAAUAAAAAUUAUUAGCGAGUAAAUAUCAUAUAUGCAAAAAUUAUAAAUCAGCCUUAUUGACUUUGUCAGUUUGACCGCUGUUGUUAAAUUGCUAACAAGACAAGACGUUUGAUAUGUAAUUACAUAUUGUAAAAAAACGAAAAGGAUUACAGUGCCUUAAAAGAAACGGAAAAACCCAAUAUUUAAUUUGAACAAGAGGAGAAACUAAACGAGAAGAAUUGGAGAACACGUGUCUUCUAAUUCGUGCUACGCUUGACAUUUAGUUCGUUUAUUCAAAACUUAAUUCAAAACUUAAUUCAUCGUUAUCCUAAUUCAGUCGAGUUUAUUCGUUGAUAAUGGGUACUGAUCACACGCAUAGACGAUGGAGCAAUUUGCGAAAAGUAUUGGAGAGAUCGGGCCCGUUUUGCCGGCCGGAUUUCGAGCCGUCUUCCGAGAUCCUGCAAUUCCUGCUGGAGCACUGCAAAGUGCUCGUUGUCGGUGCCGGUGGUUUAGGAUGCGAGAUGCUCAAGAAUCUGGCUCUUAUGGGAUUCAGACAGAUCCAUGUAAUUGAUAUGGACAGGAUUGAAUUGUCUAACCUUAACCGACAGUUCUUGUUUCGUCAUAAAGAUAUUGGAUCUUAUAAAGCGGAGGUAGCAGCAGAGUUUAUCAAAGUUAGAGUUCCUGGCUGCAAUGUAAUUGCGCAUAAUUGUGAGAUACAAGCUAAAGAUGAGUCAUUUUAUCAACAAUUCCACAUAAUAAUCUGUGGAUUAGACUCCAUUGUUGCAAGAAGAUGGCUCAAUAGCAUGUUGUUGUCUUUGCUUGUCUAUGAAGAUGGUGAAUUAGACAAGUCCACUGUCAUACCAUUGAUCGAUGGUGGAACCGAAGGUUUUAAGGGAAAUGCUCGACUUAUAUUACCUGGUUUAAGUCCAUGUAUCGAAUGCACCUUAGAUCUCUACCCUCCACAAGUCACAUAUCCUUUAUGUACGAUAGCCAACACUCCACGUUUACCAGAGCACUGUAUAGAAUAUGUGAAAGUGAUUCAGUGGCCUAAGGAAAACCCAUUUGAUUGUGCUAUCGAUGGCGACGAUCCCCAGCAUAUAAACUGGAUUUAUGAAAAGUCUAAUGAGAGAGCAGCGCAAUUUGGCAUACAGGGCUUGACAUACAGACUCGUACAGGGUGUUGUCAAAAAUAUCAUACCAGCUGUGGCAUCGACGAAUGCUGCUAUUGCCGCAAUCUGCGCAACUGAGGCGUUCAAACUUGCAAGCAGUUGCAGCGCAUCUUUAAAUAAUUAUAUGGUACUCAACAAUCUGGACGGAGUGUACACGUACACUUACGAGGCGGAGAGAAAGAAGGAUUGUUUAGCGUGCAGUCAAAUACCGCGAGAGAUCCAGAUCAAGGAUUCGAAAUACAAACUGCAGGACUUGAUAGAGCUUCUUUGCGAACAGCAGGAUUUGCAAAUGAAACGUCCUGGCCUCACGGCAAUGAUAAACGGUCAAAAUAAAACACUGUACAUACAAACGGUGCAGAGUAUCGAGGAGAGGACUCGCGAGAAUCUGUCGAAGACUUUGACCGAGUUGGGCUUGAAAGACGGCACUGAAAUAAAUGUUGCCGACUUAACAACACCCAAUGCAAUCACUAUGGUAUUGCGAUUUCCGCAGACCGAUAGCACAAUUCAGGAGUAACUGCGUCAAGAAUUUAUUUCUUAAAUGUUCCAUUUCUCAUCGAAUUUACAUUAUUUAAAUGAAAUUAGAGCGAACUGGAAAUUAAAGGUAUAAUAAAGUGUAGAAAGGUAUCAAAAAUGGUUCACACACGAUUUUACGUUAAUUUAUAAUAUGGUUAUGUCAAUGAUAUCACCUCUCUGGUUAUGUUUCAUAUAUGUCGAAACUGUAAAACUGCAUUUUAUUGUAUAACAUUCACAUCGGUUAAUAGUUAUUAGCGACUUUUGGUGGUUUUCAAACGUAACAAAAAGUAUAUAGCGAAAAAAAUAAAAAUCCUGUGAGUAAAUGAAGAAAUAAGUACUUGAACAAUAAAGACACGACUGUAAAUACUAUUUUAUAUUUCUGUACUUACAUCUUCACUCUGAUCAGAGAUCAUGUCAUAGCAAAAUUACCAACAAGUGAUAAUCUAUAAAAUCCAGUUUAUAUAAGUUUAGAUUGAUGAAAUUUGUGUUUUCUUUUCUCUUUCAUCUUUCUACAAUUAUAUACUUUGCGGAUUACGUAUUUAACUCUAUGUCGAGAAAGAAAUUGAAUAAUAUAUGAUUCGUGAAAUAUG